UAUUUGUGUGGAUGCUCAUUUUGUAAUUUAUCCAAAGUGCUAAGUGCCUAUGAGUUUGAGCAGCAUGCUGGUGCGAAAACUAGGCAUCCAAAUAAUCACAUAUACUUGGAGAAUGGGAAGCCAAUAUAUAGUAUUAUUCAAGAACUAAAGACUGCUCCACUCAGCAUUCUGGAUGCAGUUAUAAAAAAUGUAGCUGGUACAUCUAUAAACGAGGAGUCCUUCCAGGAUUGGAAAGCUAGUCUUCAGCAAAGUAACUUAAAUGUUCAGGCAGAGAAGAUAUAUAACGUGAAACCUCCUAGUUUGCCUAGUUCUACAAGGCCGAACUCAGUCAUGAAGCGAAAGAAAACUGAUGGUGGCAUGAAGAAAAGGGAUAAUGAUUUACACCGGUUACUUUUUAUGCCAAAUGGACUUCCAGAUGGAGCAGAAUUGACCUACUUUAUCAAAGGACAGAAGUUACUGGAGGGCUACAAGCAGGGAAACGGUAUAGUAUGUUGCUGUUGUGAGAGGGAGCUUAGCCCUUCACAGUUUGAAGCACAUGCCGGAAUGGCCACCAGAAGACAGCCGUAUCGGCACAUCUAUACAUCUAAUGGAUUGACGCUUCAUGAUAUAGCGUUGUCAUUAGCAAAUGGGCAGUGUGUUACAACUGGUUCCAGUGAUGAUACAUGUGCAGUGUGUGGAGAUGCUGGAGAUCUGCUUCUUUGUUCUGAAUGCCCUCGAGCUUUUCAUCCAACUUGUUUGAAUCUAAAGCACCUUCCUGAAGGUGAAUGGCAUUGUGCAAAUUGUGCAGAUGAACAUGGUCCUGGUAGAAAAGCUGUUUCUGGAGAAGCGUCAAGUACAGCAAGACCAAUUGUGAUACGAUUAACAAGAGUUGUUAAAGCACCAGAAUUUGAAAUUGGUGGUUGUGUUGUUUGCAGGGGACAUGACUUUAGUGGCUGUACAUUUGAUGAUCGAACAGUUAUUCUCUGUGACCAAUGUGAGAAGGAAUUCCAUGUCGGUUGCUUGCGGAAUAGUGGAUUAUGUGAUUUGAGAGGAAUUCCUGAGGAUAAAUGGUUCUGUUGUGAUGACUGCAGCAGAAUUCAUGGGUCUCUCCAGAGUUAUGUUUCCUGUGGGGUACAGAUAAUUCCUACUUCAUUUGCAAAUAUAAUCAGAAGAAAGUAUUUAGAAAAAGGAUUAUUAAUUGAUGGAGCCACAGAUUGUGGUCAAUGGAGAAUACUGAGUGGGAAAAGCCGUUAUCCUGAACAUCUUCCAUUACUUUCAAGUGCUGCUGCAAUAUUUCGAGAAUGUUUUGAUCCCAUUGUAGAAAAAUCUGGUCGUGAUUUGAUUCCUGUCAUGGUCUACGGGAGAAAUAUAUCCGGACAAGAGUUUGGUGGAAUGUAUUGUGUUGUUUUGCUUGUGAGGUCUGUUGUUGUAUCUGCUGGUCUUCUUAGAAUAUUUGGUCGGGAGGUUGCCGAGCUGCCUAUCGUAGCUACAAGUAGAAAACAUCAAGGAAAAGGAUAUUUCCAGGCAUUAUUUGCUUGUAUCGAGAGUUUACUGAGUUCUCUGAAUGUUGAAAACCUGGUGCUCCCAGCUGCGGACGAAGCUUUGUCAAUUUGGACAAAAAAGUUUGGCUUUGCUAAGAUGAGUGAGCAGCAAUUGUCCAAGUAUCAAAAGGAGCUUCAGUUGACGAUUUUUAAGGGAACGGUGAUGUUGGAGAAGAAAGUAGAGCUGUUAUCUGAAUAGUUCCGAUCAUCUUCUUCCUGACAAGUGUUCAUCAAAAUACCGGGAUUUGGCAUUAACAAUAGGUCUAAUUUGUGGUGUUGGUCUUAAUUUUUUUGUUCUAGUUUUUGUUUUCACCCACCAUAAAUGGUUUUGUUUUUUGUACAAAACUAGAACUAAACAAUGAACGAAGGAUGUAAAGACUUAGAAAGAAAAGUGAAUCAAACAUGCUUUGCAUGCUGAUCCUUUCUUUAUUCAUGCAUGCAGCAAACACAUUUUGCUAUUUUCUUUUC